AGCGAAGAAGAAGAAGAGAGAGAAAGAGGGAGAGAGAGUGGGUAAAGGGGAAAAUGAACAGCGUCUUCUCCAUCGAUGAUUUGACCGAUUCUUUCUGGUCGGCGGUUUCUCCGGCGGCGGCGGCAGCGGUGAUGGGGGAAGGGAUGAGUCGGAGCCAGUCGGAGUGGGCGUUUCAGAGGCUGAUCGAAGAGAUGUCUGUUUCUGCUGGUAGCCCGAUCUCCAGGUCCUCGUCGGAGACGGGGAACGUGAUCGGCCGGUCACUGCCUCCGGUGAUUCAGCCUGAGCCAUCGGUUGCGAGACCGUUGGGAGGUGGUGCUGACGCUGCUGGCGAUGUCGUCGAGAUACAGAGACCGGAGAAUCAUAGCCGUCGAGUGGAGGAGCAAGGGAGUCGGAAUCAUGGAUCGUCUUCGACGAUUGGGGUUGAUCCUGAUCACUACCACGCGAUUCUCAAGAGCAAGCUUGAUCUCGCUUGCGCUGCUGUUGCUCUUCGCGUAGCUAAGGUGAAACCAGAAGAUUCGAGUACCUCAGCGACCAAUCAAAAGGAGCCUCCAAUGGUGGGAUCUCAAGCUCAAGGUUCGGCUGCUAUGAAAAUGUCACCUGGUUCCUCAUCUAUUAACGUCGCUCCCUCACUGGGCUUGCCAAAGAAAUCAGAAGCACCGAUCAGGCAAGCUACAAGUGGAUCAUCACCAGAUGAUUCAGAUGAUGAUGAAUUUGAUGGAGACAUGGAAAUGACAGAGAACGCGAAUCUGGCGGACAAAAGGAAAAGGAUCACCAACUCUCUGAAAAAACUUUCAGGGAAAGGUUUGCAUCUUGGACUUUCAUGUCUCUUUACAGUGAAAGAGACAACCAAAUGGUGGGUCUCAGCUAGUUUUAGGAUGCUCUCAAACCGAGAAUCUGCUCGGCGCUCUAGGAGAAGAAAACAAGAACAAAUGAAUGAACUUGAAACUCAGGUUGGACAAUUAAGGGGCGAACAUUCAACGUUACUUAAACGUCUUAGUGACAUGAAUAACAAGUAUGAUACAGCUGCUGUUGAUAACAGAAUCUUGAAAGCCGAUAUUGAGACACUGAGAACAAAGGUGAAAAUGGCGGAAGAAAUGGUGAAGAGAGUGACAGGAAUGAACCCUUUGCUUUUGGCAAGAUCGAACACAACUAAUAUUGGAGUACCGGUUGACAACACAUUGAUGGAUUCCUCCAGAAUCAGUGUAAUGCCAAUGCAGCCAAACUCUAACCAUAUUAUGAAACCAGCAAUCGGUAACAUCACAGGAACUACACCAAACCAAAGACUGGAGAACAAUUUCGGGAACAAUACUCUUGUUCAUCCGAAUAUGAAUCCGGUGACUGUUACUGGAGCAGAAAAAGUGACCAAAUUGCCCCCCUCGGAUCAGGUGAGCCAUUUUGCUCCUGGUCCUAAUCGUUAUGAAAGCCUUUCCCAUUGGAAUCCAGCUGUGGCGAAGAAUAAACCGUAGAAAUGAGGUGAUAUCGUGGUAAAGGUAAGAUUCAAGAAGCAUUCUAAUGGUGAGAGCUUCUGGUUUAUGAUGUAAUAACGGAUCCAUCUUAGAUGGUGUUGCUCGUUGUUUUUGUAACUUGACAACAUAUAUAUUGCUACUCGAAAAUUGGUCAAGCAUCUUAACUGUUCAGACAUUAAGUUAUGUAGGGUUUGUUUUUUCUGUAAAUAGAUACGAAUGUUGCAAUUA